AUGUACUGCCAACGACACGGGGAAGGACACGGAAGGGGACUGUCCUGUCCAUCCUCCCUCUGCUCACAACAGAUCCUCCCCAUCCUCCUCCUCGCCACGCCCUGGGUGCCGCAAAACGCCGUCAAGCAAAGCCACGUGUAUGGAAGUCCUCAAUGCACAGGGCGAGGCUGGCAGCCACACACACUCACUCUCCCACACAUAUCCUCUCCCACAGCUUCCCCACACACAACAGGGCAAAGACAUGGAAAAGGGAAGCCUGCAGCACAACGCACGCAAGAGCACAGCUAUCCACGUCACACCGCAAAAAAAAAAAAAAAAAAAAGGCCGCAACAAGAGCGACGGGUCAAAUUCAAAUCCACGGCGCUGCGCUUUACUUCUCUCUUCUCCGACGGAUUGGCGUCUCACACUCACAGUGAGGCACGGCGCACACCAUCCGCUCCCCUCCGAGUGCACUCAGCAGGCCGUGGCAGGGCGCCCAGUCACCCUCGUGCCAUCGCAAUGGGGGAGCAAAAACAAUCGUCGUCGCGGACCAUCACUGCCUCUAGCAGGAAAAAGGAAAAGAAGAAAUGGAGGCAUUUCAACAGCACAGCUACCAGAGAGACACUCAACGGGACAAUUAAGUACUCAGCGCCAGUGAACACCGCAAAGGAAAAAAAAAAAAAAAAAAUGAACCGCGGCGAUUUACCAAAAAAAAAAAAAAAAAGGUGGGAGUCCAGAAGAAAUCCCAAAAACAUCAUAAAAAAAGGAAAAAUUGAUUCGGAAAGACGUUUAUCUUAUGCGCCAAGGAGUACCAUACAGUCAUGUGUUUGUGUAUGCAUAUUGCCUGCAACAAGAAAAAAAAAUCAAGGAAAAGACUUUACUGUUUCACUAGCAAACACAACAUUCUUCACAUUUAGUGCGGCAUCCGGCCUGUUCUUCCAAUCAUCGUUUCGUGCAUUCCGUGGGACGCAAAGCCGCGGAGCCGGCACCGAAUUUGGGCGAAAACAAAAGUAA